AUUAAAAAAAGAUUUGUCUCUUCUUUAAAGAAUUUACUCAAUAAAAUUCGCUUCGUCUACAAAAAUUUCAAAAUUUAACUUAACAAAACUCACUUUGUCUACAAAAGUUUGAAAAAAAAAAAUGAAAGUUCAAAUUUGGAUGUUUGUGUAUUUGACAUGGAUAAUAGCAGAGAACGUACUGGCUUUAGAUGUCUCAACAAGUUCAACACCGUUUUCGGUAAAUAUGGUUUCUAUAAACUCUAGCCCAUCUAUUAACAACGUCGUUGGAAUCUCUUAUUCGUUAUCACAAAAUUAUUCUACAUUCAAUACUCCUACAGUAUCUGUCAUACAAAACAUCAGCAACUUUUUCAAAUUAAAAUACCAAGUAAAUUUUACAGAUGUUGUUUCUAUUUUUGGUGGAUUAAGCAAAACAAAGAAUAGUUUUUGUAAAUUUUGGGAUACUACUGCUUCAUAUUAUCCAUUCAAUCAGACUACAGAAUAUUGCACCAUUCAUCCAGGAAGCCUAGUUGUUCUUGUUGAGGUUUAUGGAUUACCGUUCAUUUUGGAGAAGUAUAAAGAUUACAUAAACGAGUCAAUUGUUAAAGGAUUGUUGAAUAUUUUAGAUUCUCAAAAUAAUUCGUACAAUGCUAUGCAGAACUCAUUUAGAGUUUAUAAUAGUACUGACCAAAUAAAGCAAUAUAGACCACCUUUUACACCACCACCACCAUUAGAUUGUACAGAUAAUCGUUCUUACAUCAUUAUUGCUGUUGUAGUGCCGAUCAUUGUAAUAUGCAUAUCUAUUAUUGUUGUAUUUAUUAUAUUGUCCUCAUACAAGAAGAAAAACAAGGUAGACCAAAUAAAUCUAAUGGCGCAAAAUGUGAAGAACGAACAAAAUGAUGCUGGCGUAAACAAAGGUUUUAAAGAAUGACAUUUUUAUUCAAGAUUCUGGUGCAUAUAUAUACGGCAUAAUGUUUAUAAAGAGUUUAUUAUAAUAAUAUAUAACUUAGUUAUUGUUCAUAAUUUAUAAUGAUAUUUUUUGUUUUGUUUUUUUUUUGUUUAUUUGAUAUUUCUGUUUGCUCGAUUUUUUUUGUUUGUUUAAACUUUUGCAAGUUUUUUAUUUUAACAAGUUUAUUUAAAGAAUCAAUUGAAUUGAAUUUACUUUAUUAUUACUGUUUUUUGUUUUUUUAAACUUUCAAUUUUAUCAAAAAGAUGCAAGCUGUAAUUUUACUUCUCACGUAUAAGUAAAAAGUUUGAACGUUGUCAAUAAGUAUAUAUAAUUUUAAAAA